GGCCAUGGUUUAAAAUACUGCCGUAGAGUGCUGACAUACUCAACUUUGCGAACUCGCACCUGUCGGUUCUAAGUAUAGCAUCUAUUCUCCUUGCGUGACUCUUGCCGAAACAAAAGUUAUAAAAAUAAUUUGGUAGAAGGGAAUUAGUUCAACUUGAGAAACCCCUAAACGGAAAGCACAUAGAACUAGUUUAUUUUCAGUAGAAAAAUCAAUUAAAUCAUUUAUGAAUUAUAUUUCGAGUUUUUCAUGUUACGAACAAAUAAACCGAGCAGCUUACUCACUGAACGGCUUUGGUAAUGGAUAGAUAUGACCCUGUGGAAUCGCAUCCUAGAAGUUCGAAAUCAUUCAUCUAUCUUGUCAUCAUAUCACAGAUUUUUGGGUUACUUGCCGUCAUUUUAACAGCUGUUUGGUUGGGAAAAUACUGGGGUGGUUUUAGUUGGACUAACGCCAACACAGUCUUCAAUUAUCAUCCUCUGUUCAUGGUUUUGGGUCUAGUGUUUUUAUAUGGCGAUGCAAUUUUAGUAUAUCGUGUAUUUCGAUCAUUCCGAAAACUACCAAUUAAAAUUCUACAUGCUGUCCUACAUAUUCUUGCAUUCUUAUUCGGUGUUCUAGGAACUAAAGCGGUGUUUGAUAUGCACAAUGCCUUAUUAAUACCUAAUUUAUACAGUCUUCACAGUUGGUUAGGUAUAACAGCUAUUAUAGUGUUCGGAUUACAGUGGGUUGCAGGUUUAAUUGGCUUUCUGGUACCCCAGACACCCCAAGUUGCUCGUAGUAAACUUCUUCCCAUACAUGUUACACUAGGCAGUUUUUUAUAUUUACUAGUGAUUGGUGUAUGUAUCUCUGGGAUUACAGAGAAGAACUUUUUUUCGAAAACUUAUCCAGUUUUGAAAGCUGGUGAAUUAAUUGGCAAUUUACUUGGUGUUGUAUUGGUAAUAUUCUGUGGUUUAAUAUUUUAUUUAACUCAAAAUCCAAACUAUCGUCGUACAGAAACAAUAUCUCCAGAACAUCGUGCAUUACAAGAAUAAAUACUAUUCGUAAUGAAUAACAAUAAUAAUCACAUGAAUUAAACCUAUUAAUUCAUGUAAUAGUAUUUAAUAUUUUAAUAGAACUAUGAUCAGUUGAUCGCUUUCACUGCUUCUCUUCACUCUUAAACAUUCAUUUUCAUUUUGUCAUGUAAUAAUGUGUUUGAAAUCAUCAAUAACUAUACUCAAACCAACUAUUAUUAUUUGUUAUAAUUCAGUUCUAUUCAAUUUGUUAUAUGUUGAUGUAUUUCUGUUUGAUUAUUUUGCAUUAUACGUUGUUCUUUAUUCUAAUUUUCUUUUGACUAACUUGAUCUUGUGAUACAUUGUAAUGUUUAUUAUCAUUAAAUCAGAUAAUGUUUUGAACAAUUAUCUAUUCAGAUUUUAUUAUUCGUGUUGUUGUCGUUGUCGUUGUGGUUUUUAUCGUAAAAAUAUGUACUUCUAUUUUCCGGUCAUUGAUAUCUGUACAUCUUCAACUCUUUUCUCUAUGUUUAAUCUGUGAAUAUUUUUUUAAUUUUAUUUGUAACUUUGUCAACAUAUAUGUAAGCAUUAUAAUACUAAUUCUCUUCUUUACAUGUUUACCUAUUCAACAUGUGGUGUCUAUGGCAUGAUGGGUUGGGAAAAAUGAUUUUAUUCACAUCCAAUUCUUUUUCUUAUCUCGCUUCAUUUGUUGUUUUAAUCUGUGUGAUUUAAUAAACUAGUGAUUAUUGUCCUUGUUUUUCAAAAAGAAAAACAAACAAACAUAUUUUUAUCUGCGAACAUGUGUUUACUUACUUGAAAGAUAAAAAUAGAGUAUCCGUUUUGACGAACCGAUUUAAUCUCUUCAUUAUUAUUAUUAGUUUUCUUUGCAGGUUGAAUUUAAUUUUUCUUAUUUAUGAUAAUGGUGUAACUGAACUUUAUUGAUCAUUCAUUUGUUUGUCUAUGUGUAUGUUUGUGAGUAACCAUUCAAUUUAUUAUUGGAGAUGUUUUACUGCUUUUAUGUUAAUAUAUUUAUUUAUAUAUUUUUA